AUGGGGGAAGAAAGAAGUUCCAUAUGUGGAAGGUUAUGCAUCUUUGGGGCGCCUAAUGGUUUAAAGUUUGUGAAAAAGCCUUUGUCCCCCUUUUUGUUGUCAGGCUUCGCCUCGGCAAGGGCGUUUCGGCUUUAUACAAACAGAGGGCUCCAACCACAUUUCCGACCCACAAAACGCAACCAAACAACCCAACCGCCGCGCAAAGCGCAUUGUCCCAAAACAAGGUCUGAAUCCACCUGGCUCCCGGCGCCCGCCCCUUCUUACCCCUGCGGCCGAAACGCCAAGUUUUUCCAGGGAAAACAAAAACAAUCAAAACCUUUCCGGGGGAAAGCGGAAGGCCCCCAACCCCAACACAAAAAAUAA